UGGUCCUUUGCUGCCUGGUUCUAUCCCGGUCCGCUCACCGUGCCAAGUCACAGUCUCGUUCUCCGCCCAGCCCAGCCCUCGCCUGGGGUCCAGAGCCGGCGCUGCAGCUGCAGCUCCGAGAGCGGGGCCAUGAAGCGGGAGCCGCUACAGCCUUCCUCCGACGGGGGACAGCAUCCCUCCGGGAGGCAGCAAGAAGAGGCGCCCUCCGCCGCGGAAGAUGCGCCCCCCAAGUCCCCGCUCUGGAUCUUCGGCUACGGCUCGCUGGUGUGGAGGCCGGAUUUCGAGUUCACCUCCCGCAAAGUGGGCUACAUUCGAGGCUACAGCCGCCGCUUCUGGCAGGGAGACACUUUCCACCGAGGCUCAGAGAAGAUGCCUGGAAGAGUGGUCACACUCCUAGAAGAUUAUGAUGGGUGCACAUGGGGUGUUGCCUAUGAACUUCAUGGAGACCAAGUUGCUGCCUCUCUCAAGUAUUUAAACAUGCGGGAAGCGGUGCUGGGCGGCUAUGAUACCAAGCUAGUGAAGUUCCACCCUAAAGAUAAAGAGGCUGGUGAACCUAUCCUAGCCCUGGUUUACAUUGCUACACCUCAGAAUCCUUCCUAUCUUGGCCCAGCAUCAGAAGAGGACAUUGCUGCCCAAAUAAUUGUUUCCAGCGGCCGUUCUGGCCACAAUAUAGAGUAUCUCUUGCGCCUGGCAGACUUCAUGCGCUAUUGCUGCCCUCAAGUAGAGGACGAGCACUUGUUUUCAAUCGAGGAGGCACUUAUCUCUAUUUUACCCUGCCUAUAUCAUAAUGAGGAAUCCUUAGCAGAAGAAUGAACAGGACUCUGCCAGAGGAGCUGAGAGAUAACUUCCAUCAAAGACAAAACAGGCGAACACGAGAGAUGCACCUUUUUAAUGCAAGUAGUCAGAUGAAUAGGAUCAGUGGAUGAAGGUAGGACAGCUCUCAACACAGCUGCUUUUUAAAUGGUACUUGACUAAUGAGCUAUGCUGGGAAUGCCUAGCUGACUGAAAAACAGUGGCUGCAGGAGGCCCACUCUAAGCAGUGUUCUUUUCUCAUCUUUAAGAACUUGGCAGCUGAAGAUUCAGUAUGCUUUCCUACCAGUAUUUUUGAAGUCUCUCUCAAGCCAAGACUUGGCUAUAAUAUUGAAACACUACAAACUUUGCCGUAGCUCACAAACUGACAAAGCCACUGGGGUGGUGAAGACUAGACUGUAUGGGCAUCCCAAGUCCAAGGAUUGGCUUCACUCUUCUCUCUCCAUCCUCCUUGACAGUGACAACCUUCCUGCCUCUGCCGGGGUUCCUGUGCAAUAUGAACUCCUUGCCUUCUGUAGGCUCUGAUGGGCUCAAAUGCCCUUAGACAUGUCUUAAAUGAACAGUUAAUGCACUAAACUUUUUAUAACUUGAA